GCACCACACGGCAUGGUCUACGUCCCGUGCAGUUACAAGCACGCCUUCGCGCAGCUCACCAACCUAAGCAAGGCCCACGGUGGCCCGCUUUGGGGUGCCGGCACGUUCUCCGCUGGCGAGGGCUCGCGGCAGCCGCCCGCCCUCGAGCUCAAGAUGGCCGCGAUUCAGGGAAGGGUGUCUUACGAGACCGUCUCC